AUGGCUCGGCUAUACGGCUAUCAGGGCAUAGAGCUGUUCCAUGAGGACCUGCUCGACAUCGCACAGCAGCUACCCGGCGGUGCCACGGCAGAGAAUGAACUCGAAGCAGCCCACAUCAUCCGUCAGCUCUGCCACGCAAGGCGCAUCGCUAUACUAUGUCUGCAGCCAUUCGCCCACUACGAGGGACUCCUCGACCGGCAACAACACAGCAGACGUCUGGACAAGCUGUCAUUCUGGUUCCAACUGGCCCGCGUCCUCCGCACAGACAUUGUCCAAAUCCCAUCUAGUUUCCUUCCCGCCUCGGAACUCUCAGAAGAUCGAAGUCUCGCCGUGGCGGAUCUUCGGAAGGUCGCUGAUAUGGGACUUCAAGAGCAGCCCCCGAUCCGGUUCGUGUACGAAGCCUUAUGUUGGGGCACCCGUUGCGAUCUGUGGGAGCAGAGCUGGGAAAUCGUCCAGGCGGUUGACCGACCCAACUUCGGUCUCUGUCUCGACACGUUCAAUAUUGCCGGACGCAUCUACGCGGACCCGGCCGCGUCCACUGGACGCACCUCGAAUUGCGACGAGGCAGUCCGCGAGUCGAUAGCCCGUCUCGUGGCAGAUGUGGACGUCCGCAAAGUCUUCUAUGUCCAAGUAGUCGAUGCCGAGCGCCUCGCCCAGCCUUUGAUCAAAGGCCACGCAUAUUACAACGAAGAGCAGCCCACGCGCAUGAGCUGGUCUCGAAACUGCAGGUUGUUCUACGGGGAGAAGGAUCGUGGGGCCUACCUGCCGAUUACCGGGAUAUCGAAGGCGAUUUUCCAUGGCCUCGGGUUCGAGGGUUGGGUCAGCAUGGAGCUGUUCAACAGGAGGAUGUCGGAUGAAGAUGCGGUUGUGCCCGAGGAGUUGGCCAGCAGGGGUGCUGUUGCUUGGGAGAAGCUGGUCAAGGACAUGAAACUGAGGGUAGACAGCCCAGCUCAAGAGAGAGUCACGGCUUCGUUGUGA